AUGUUUAGUGAUGUCACUCCCGUUCCCCGGCUGCAGACAAGAGACGCCUUAGAAAAGGAGGAAGUUUACACUGAAGGGAAAUGGGAAGUGUUUAUUUUCUGUCUCUUGUCAGAAGCUCAAUGCCAGACACACAUUUCAGGGCCCAGUGCACUGAACAUGCACACGCACAUGGACAUUGGGCCAGUGGACGGGCACGGGGGCGGGGCCGCGGCGCGGGGGGCGGGGCCUGUGCCCGCGCAGCUCGCACGGCGGUCCCCUUAUUUGGAUCUGCGGGAAUGUGGGCUGGAGCGGUCCUGCAGCGGUACCAGCCUCCAGCCUGUCGCCGGGACUGCCCCUGACCCAGGCGCGCCCGCUGCUUGGUGGCAGAAGGGCCGGCGGAACGCCAUGGCCUGCAUCCUGAAGAGAAAGUCUAUGAUCGCAGUGAGCUUCAUAGCAGCGUUCCUCUUCCUGCUGGUUGUGCGCCUUGUAAAUGAAGUGAAUUUCCCACUGCUGCUAAACUGCUUUGGACAGCCUGGCACAAAAUGGAUACCAUUCUCCUACACAUAUAGGCGGCCCCUUCGAACUCACUAUGGAUACAUAAAUGUGAGGACGCAAGAGCCUUUGCAACUGGACUGUGACCUUUGCGCCAUAGUGUCAAACUCAGGUCAGAUGGUUGGCCAGAAGGUGGGGAAUGAGAUAGAUCAGUCAUCCUGCAUUUGGAGAAUGAACAAUGCCCCCACCAAGGGCUAUGAAGAAGAUGUUGGCCGCAUGACAAUGAUUCGAGUCGUGUCCCAUACCAGCGUUCCUCUUUUGCUAAAAAACCCUGAUUAUUUUUUCAAGGAAGCAAAUGCUACUAUUUAUGUCAUUUGGGGCCCUUUCCGCAAUAUGAGGAAAGACGGCAAUGGCAUUGUUUACAACAUGCUGAAAAAGACUGUUGACAUCUACCCAAAUGCCCAAAUUUACGUGACCACAGAGAAGCGCAUGAGUUACUGUGAUGGCGUUUUUAAGAAGGAAACUGGGAAAGACAGAGUCCAGUCUGGCUCUUAUCUCAGCACAGGGUGGUUUACCUUCAUUCUGGCCAUGGAUGCCUGUUAUGGCAUUCACGUCUACGGGAUGAUAAAUGACACCUACUGCAAGACAGAAGGAUAUAGAAAAGUUCCCUAUCAUUACUAUGAACAAGGAAGAGAUGAGUGUGAUGAAUAUUUUCUUCAUGAACAUGCUCCAUAUGGGGGGCAUAGGUUUAUCACUGAAAAGAAAGUGUUUGCUAAAUGGGCCAAGAAACACAGGAUAAUAUUCACACACCCAAACUGGACAGUGUCUUGAUGUUAGUUUUUUCUGAUCUUGCCACAACACUU